UUUUCUUAUUCAUCCGUCUACUAAACUUUAUUUCAUUUAUUCUACAGUGUUUGAUCUACAAGAAGAAGAAAGACUUUUAGUCAACCCUUAACAAAGUUCUGAAAUAUCUGUGAAAGUUAAAUGCUCAACAAUGUGGAAGGUGCCUUGUUUGAUAGUCUCCCUUGUUAUUUUACAAGUUCAAGCACUGGAAUUAUGCCAGACUCAACUUGGAUAUGAAUAUUUCAUUCAGAAUAUCAUGGAAAAUACUCAACCAAAAACUGUUAUUGGUCACGUGAUCAUCGAGGGUGACGUCAGCCAGAUAGAAAUAGUCCAGGCUGAGCAUAGCUAUUAUUCGUUUAACAAUUUAACCCGAAAUGUGACAUUAGAAAACGAACUGAAUACUGAUCAAAACGCGGAAGAGAUACCACCUCUUAUACUUAAUUGUAGAAAAGUUGGAACAUCGCAGCAGGAAUCAGGCUGGCUACAGAUAAUUGUGAAUGUCUUGGUAACUGAUUGGAAUGACAACCCACCAGUGUUUAAUUCCAAACAACAUAAUGUAUCUAUCUCCGAGGAUUCUCCAGUUGGAACAACAGUUUAUUCCGGUAUAAGUGCUACAGAUGCGGAUAAAGAAUUCGGCGGAAACAGCCGAUUGACUUUCCGAAUUAUCCCGAACCAAACGUAUUCUGAUUUUUUCCUAAUGGAAGUGAUAACCAAGCCUAUAAUAACGUUGGGAAAGCCGCUAGAUUACGAAACGAUAACUAAAAUGAUAAUUUUAAUUGAAGCAACGGAUUCGCCAGCUGCUAAUCGAGGCGCUCAACAAACUUCCACGGCAACAUUGACCGUGAAUGUUAUUGAUGCCGAUGAUUUGAACCCAGUGUUCUCCGAGAAAACAUACAGAGGUGUUAUAAGUGAGGACGCUAAACCUGGUACUAUUGUCAAAGUUACGUCUCAGAUUAUAGCACGUGACCCAGAUUCUAUGAAUGUUCCAGUUACAUACAGACUUCUCGAUCCGUAUGACUUUUUCGCCAUUGAUAACACGACGGCAGUCAUUAAGAACAAGAGGGUGUUUGAUGUAGAUGUUCCUACACUCACUGUUGUUGUGUUGGCGUCACAAGUGGAUAAUGCAAAUAGAGAAUGGUUUGCCAUGUUGACAAUCACCAUAUCGGAAGCAAACAUCAAUGCUCCAAGCUUUACAAAAACCAUAUACAAGGUCACGAGGACAGAGCUGGAACCAAUCGGAUCCGUUCUUAUAACAACGACAGCCAAGGACCCGGAUUUUGGUACAGUCCUAAAGUAUGCCAUUGUUGAAAAUAACGAGUUCUUCAGUAUCGACCAAAGGUACGGCAUCGAGAUCCAGAGUAUUGCUCAAGAUGGUGCCCUUAAAAUAAGAUUAUUUGUCGUCAAAACUUACACGGCGCAGACGAGAGUUGAAAUCACCGUUCUAGACGUCAAUGACAACAACCCUAUACUAAAUGUACCAGGUGUAACGUUCAAAGCGGAGAGAGUCAAAGGAUAUGUCAUUACCCAAGUUUCCGCAGAUGAUGACGAUACAAGAAACGUCCUACAUUUUGAACUGAGGAGUAAUACAAAUUUAUUUAAAAUAAACUACGACGGAGAAAUUACUGUUCAAGCCGAACCGGAACAACUCUCAUUGGAUCAAUACUCACUCCUUGUUACGGUUCUAGACGACGGGGAACCCCCAAGGGAAUCCUCGAAACAAAUUGACGUCAUAUUCCCAACUCUUGGCAGUUCGUCGCGACCAGUUACGACACCGGCUGUUACCAAGACAACUGAGGGAAAACCUCGAGAAGAAGUAACGGUAACACCGACAUCAGAUGGUGACAAUAUGCUAACUAUUGUUAUGGGAGCGAUUGCUGGGGUGCUCAUGGUUGUUAUAAUAAUACUCAUCGUUUACAUUGUAUGGAAAAACAAAAGGACAAAAGAGGAGCUGGACAGAGCGAGGGCUCCUAGAAGUCAUGCAGCUCAAGGACUUACAUAUCGACAAGCGGAAGUACCAGAUGACCUUCCGAAAAUGGAUUUAAGUUACGCAGACGACACUGAUGGUAUUUCCGAUUUCGGAGCAACAACUAUUCAAGAAAAUCCGCUGAGGAAACCUGGUGUUAACCAAGGAUAUUUACAGAGUAGUGGAUCCGAAAUGGAUCGUGAUGUCAGUGAGAUUGAAGUAGAGACUGCUGUCGUUCCGUAUGACGACGAUUAUGGAUAUCCGUCAAAUCACGGAACUUUCCGAACAUUUCACGGAGAUGAUACGACGAGUAACGAGUCUAACCACAGUGAUAGCACCGGCGGUAGCCAACGGGUUCUAGUAAAUGGCAAUAAAAAAGAUGUGAAUAAAAUGACGAGUUGGGACAGUGACGAUAAAAUACAUCCCCAGGGUGCUGAGAAAUUGUUAGAUUCCAAAAGUAGUACAGCCUCCAGGACGAAAAAAGAACGACCGGAAAUAACAGUUUAUUUCUGAUACUUGUAAUAAUUAUGUGAUUAUUUUUGUUAAUAAUACUUAUAAAACCAUAUCAAAUUGUUUUUCUUUUUCUAAAAAAUAUUCUUUAUGUUAGUAGAAAAAAAAUAGAAUUUAUAUUUUAAAUACAUGUACUUAAUUUUAAGAAAUCAAUUAAGACAUAUUGAAGAUAAAUGCCAGAAAGCAAAACACGGCGAUAAUGCUCAACAUAUCAUAAAUUACUCUUUUUAUUCUGUAACAUAUGAAACAACAUACAUACGAAAGACUAUGAAUCCAGUUUCAUUGAAAAAAAAAAUCUCUAUUCUAAUAAAACUAAAAAUCCGAAGGUUCAUUCAAACCUGCAUCAUUUUCAAUUUUCCUUUCCUGGGCAUUCUUUUAGUUUUCUAUUUUUUAUAUCUUACGUGCUUGAUUUGAUACAUUUUUGUUGUUUUUGUACAUUCAUAUUUCAUUUGUGUACAUAUAAAAUCAUUUAUAAAUACUCAGAAUUAAUUGAAAAUUUACAGCAAUUUUAAGUUACCCUGUACAUUGUAUUUUGAACAUCUAUUCCGAUCAUGUAAGUAAGUUUUUGUAUACAUUUAUACAUUUAUCAAUAAUAGUGUUUUGUUUAGCUGAAAUUACUGUUACAUUUCAUUGUCUAUUUCUUAGAUAUAUUUAUGCCAUUUUUAUGAUAUUAAUGCAUUUGAACGUAUGCUGUGUUUCAUUAAACAAUCUGCCCAUAUGGCAAUAUCAUUAGCAUAAUGUGAUACAUGUACAAACAUUUUGCUCUUCCAUUAUUGACAGAGGUAUGAACAUAAAUUUACAUCACAGAACUUCUGAUUGACUUAAUUUGGUAAAAUUCGUAACCAUUGUUGACAAACAAACUUCAUUAUAAAUUCUUUAGCCUGAGAUUCAGGCUUUGAUAUUUAAUCUUAUUAAUAACAUACGAGCUAUUUCCUACUAAUUCGUGUUUUUGAUGUCGAUUUGCCGAACAGAAGCACAUAAAAUCGAAAGACUAAAAUCCAGGCUACAAACUCUUGGUUAUUAUGAAAUUUGAGCUUUUGCUAAGAAUAAACUCAAAGUUAAAAUUGAAAAUCCUUUAUACAUUCCUUGUACUUAGAUAUUUUUUCAAUUAAGAAUAUGAUUUUUCUGUUGUAAUCUACGCAUACAUACAUUAUCUUGCCAAAAAUAAAUUGUGUCAUUGUUUAUAUUAAAGUCAUAUCAUAAUUCCGAAUGUUAACAUUUUGUAUUUCAUGUUUCACCUUGUUUUAAUGGAUGUAUCUUUUAAGUUGUUUUCAUUACGGAAUGAUACAGCGAGAUCGGAAAUAAAGAGAUAAUAUUAUUA